CAAAAUUCCCACAAGAAGAAACGUAGAGGAAGCUGGAAGUAUGCGUUCCAUGUGUUUUGUGCACUUUAUCAUUCAUUUGCAAAACGGUAUAUUUUAAGCACCACGAUUUCUAAAACGGGACCAUUGUUAUCGCGCUAGGUGAUUUAUAUAAACUCUUAAAGCAGACCAGAGACGGAAGGAGCGGGUCGUAAUUUUUUUGGUGCUAGCUAGACAAUAUAGAAGCUGCUCUGGAUCAAAGGCUCCUCAGUUGUGGAGAUAGAAGAUUCAAAGACUACUGAUUAACUUAAAAGCGCAGAGGACACCAGCAUGAUUAAGGAAAACCCGUGGAAAAUACCCCCCAACGCCCCUGCCUGCAUGGAGAAGCACCUGUGCGCGGCUCAGUACCGAGCAGAUGGCACCCUGCUGCUGGGAGCCUCCAGCCUCUGCGGCAGGAACUGGCAGGGAUCCGUUUGGAUCUACAGCGAACCCCAGCAAGCCCCCAGCGAGGGUCUCUGCAAAGCCGGCGUGCAGACUGAGGCGGGCGUCACCGACGUCAAGUGGGUGGCCGAAAAGGCGGUGGCUGUCGCCUCGGACUCAGGUGCCCUGGAGCUCUGGGAGCUGGCGGAGGACGAGCGCCUGUUGGUGAAUCGCUUCACCAAAUACGAGCACGACCACAUCGUCACCACAGUGAGCCCCGUCACAGGAGGGAGCGGCGCGGUCACUGGCAGCAUGGACUGCCGGAUUAAAGUGUGGGACCUCGGUCAGGAAACGGCUGUCAGCACCUACAAUGUUCACACUCAGCCUGUUAAUUGUGUUGCCUGCAGUCCUGAAGAUGAGUCUCUCUUCGUCUCCUGUGGCCAAGAUGGCCGUGUGUUGAUGUGGGACCGGAGGAAGCCAGAGAAACCAGCCUCAAGAAUAGAUGUUGAGUUCGCCGGCUGUUCUCCCACCACUGCUGCUUGGCACCCCCACCAACGAAGCACUAUAGCUUUUGGCGAUGAGCUGGGAAACGUGACUGUUAAAGAUUUCUUGGGAACAGAACCGGCCCAGGUGGAAAAAAUACACAGCCGCAGAGUUAACACCCUCGCCUUCUCCACAGAUAGUGCCUCUCUGCUAGCCUCCGUUAGUGACGACUGCUCCCUCGCUGUUAUGAACACCGAACUGCAAGAAAUAUUCAGAGAUCGGCGACACCAGGACUUUGUCAAAGGUGUGUGUUGGCUUCGUGAUGAGUCCCGCACUCUCACAACUGUGGGCUGGGACCACCUGGUGCUUCACCACACCAUCAGUCCAGCUGCUGGAUCUGCCGGUUCCUCGUCUUAGAGACGGUCGCCUGUUUUUCCCUUGUGGGAUGUCACUGUGUAUCUAGAUGGUUGGGUAUAAAAUCAGAUUUUGGAGAAGUGCAUGGAAAUUAUGGACUCACUCAGCUCUGUAGAAAUGUGCACAGUAUUUGGGGUUAAGCAUCUUCUCUGUCUUGUAGUCAUUUAUUUUGUGUCACACCUCCAUAUUUGUAUUGCAUACUUUUACAUUAAAGGAAACUUAAAGCUGUUGAACUGA